CCUAACACCAGCCCGCGCGCCAGACUCGAUUGUCGCGGUUAGUCCCGCCACAUUCCCCCCGCCCGACCGUUCGCCGCCGCGGAACGUCGCAACAAGAGGUGCCGACGCCGACGCCGCAUCCCCCUCGCUGUUCGCUAACCGUAUUACCGUAAACGCCGUCACUGGUCCGGUCGUCCGCCGCCAUAUUUAGCCCGUUUUCGUUGCUGUACGACGGGGCCAACACGACGUCCGGCCGUGCCGCGCUCGUUGUCGCCGUAACGCAGCCGCAGCCGCCGCCGCCGCGACGACGAGGGCCAUUCGCGCCAAUUUCGAUUGUUCGUCCCGGAUCGUCCCGCGCUCCGCGAAUCGUCGUCUGCCGCCAACGGAGUGGCCCUGUGCGGGGCCCUAUGUCUUUUGAGGUACGGUCGGCGUACAGUGUCCGACGACGACGACGGCGACGACGUAAUGACGUAAGCAACGGAAGUUCGGCGAAUUGACGGGCGGUCGUCGACGAACGGCCCGAGAACAGCGGAUUCCGGUUAAGUAACUUGUCAAGAAUCAAAAUCAAAAUGAAUGAAGUUAAUAUGGCUGAUAAUCAAGAAAUAAAUAUGCCAUCAUGUUCUAUAAAUGAUUUAUGCAGAUUAUGUGCAAAUUUUGAUGAAAAUUUGAUUCCAAUAUAUGCUGAUGAAGGAGCCGAUCAUAUGUUAGAAAACAAAAUAAAAACUCAUCUUCCAUUUAUAAAUAUUUGUGAAAAUGAUCUAUUGCCAAAAAGAGUAUGUUAUCAUUGUGCUUCUGCUGUGCUUGUAUGGAAUGAAUUAUAUGAGUGCAGCACUGAUGCAGACCAAAAACUUAGAAAUAUGUUUGAACCUAUUCAUUUUGAACAAAAUGAGUGCAAAGAGGAUAUUAUUCAAGAAGAUGAAAGGCUACAUCAAACAUUAAAAAGCGAAGAAAUCUCUUCCAUGAUGUUCGAAAGAGAAGUGGAUAAUGAUUCCGUGGACGACAACAUGUACUUGAAUGCAGCAGGCAUCGAGGACGACAUAAAUGGGUUGAUGAAUUGCCAUCGGCUAGAUGAUAUGUCAGUAGGUGACCUCGUGGUACCGAAACAAGAGUACGACGUUAUGGUAGAAGACAGUAACGACGUAAUUCACCACCAGUUGCCAAACGACUCCCACGUAAUAAACGACCCCGACGUAAACUCCACCUCCAUUUGUGAAGGAGACGAUUUAACUAAUAAUCACGACAGUAAUGAUGACUUCAAACCGAAUUUAAAUGAACUCAAUGUCAAUGGCCCCGAAGGUGGAGAAAUAGAUGAUCUGCAAAAGGAUGGCGACGGGAGCAACGGAAACGACGGCGAAGUGGACGAUGAAAACGAUAACGAAGACGAGGACGAAGAUGAGGACGAGGACUCCAACCAGCUAAACAGCAUGCACGUGCGGCAAUUGUACGUGAGCAGUUCGUUGGACGGAGGUACCGCAGAUGAAGACGAACAGCAGCAGGAGACCAUGUGCCAGAUAUGCGCGACUGUGUUUAAGACCCGGUAUAAUCUGUUACGGCACUUCCAAAAACGGCACCCUGAGUACAAGAUGUAUGAGUGUGACCUGUGCCGUAUCAGUUUCCCAUCUAUCGACGAGUUCAAGGACCACCUGGAGGAGAAACACUCCAAGGUGCACACCACGCACACGAUCGACUCUAAGCAAGUGCGUUUUGCAUGUGACGUAUGUGGCAACAUGUACAAGAAUAAAGCGUCCGCUAUGAACCACCUGCUGACGCACACCGCCAAAAAGAAUGUGCACUGCACCCACUGCGACUUCACGUGUUACACCAAGCAGCAGCUGGGCGUGCAUCAGACCAAGCACGACAAGCGUUUCGUGUGCGACAUAUGCCAUAAGCGGUUUGCACAAAAAUCACAACUUGACGUGCACGUUAACGCUGUCCACUAUAACCAAAGGCCGUUCUCGUGCGUGCUUUGCAGCAAAUCUUUUAAGACCAAGGGGUCGCACGACGCCCACAUGAUCGUCCAUACAGAUACCCGAAACUACCAAUGUCCGCACUGCGAUAAAAAAUGCCGGAAGCGGUACGAUCUGACGUUGCACAUCCGGACUCACACGGGUGAAAAACCGUUCAAGUGUAGUGUGUGCGGUCGAGGGUUUGUGCAGAUGUGCGAUACGCGCAAGCACGAAAUGCUGCACUUUAAGCCGGGAAAGCGGAAAAACAUGUUCUUCUCGUCGCCGGAAACGGGAAUGGCUGAUGACGAAUGACAUAAGGCGGCGGUGGCGGAAAGCAUAACAGGAGACGACGACGACGACGACGACGAUGAUGACGACGACGACGACGACGACGAUGAUGACACCACCAACAAUAACUCUAACUCCAACUCAACCGUCAUCACCGACCUAACGACACUGAACUGAUAGACCCCUCCGUAUUUUGAUUUUAGAUUAAAUCAUAAUUUUAAUAUAAUAUUAUAUAAAUAUUUGUAUAUAAAAAUAUUUUUUUUGUAUUUUACUGUAUUUUUUUAUGUUAUAUAUUUUUAAAUAACAUUCUUAAAAGUUGUAUUAUUUUUAAUUAGUCAAAGUUCCUUUUCCAAAAUACUUAUAUAGGAACAAAUAAUUACUAAAUCCACAUGGGCUAGAGAAAAGUAACUAAAGGUUAUUUCUUAUAAACUCUAUUUCAAUAAUUUGCUAGUUUCAAAAUAUUUUCAAUUUAUAUUUUUCUUAUUACCGAGUUUGAAACUGCAAAAGAAUGUGAAUAUAUGUAAUUAAGUAUUUUUAUUAUUAAAAUAUAUGUGAGUAAAUGAUUCAUACGUUUUAAUGUUAAUAGUGUAUAACACUUUGUAUGUAUUCUUAACUGAAUUGAAUUUCAUUAGGAAUUUGUAAAAAUAAAUACCUUAGUGCGAUAUUAUGUUAUUGUUUAUCAUAUUAUGUAAAGUAUAAUACAUUUUUUUGUUUUUCGUUUUGUAAGAUCAUUAUUGGGCUUUCAAUCAAUAUUAGAAUUUGUUGACCUAUUAUUAAGUAAUACAUUUAUAGAUGAGAUUUAAUUUUAAAAUCAAUGCUUUGAUUUAAAAAUUUUUAAAAUUAGAUAAAUUUGUUAAAAAUAAUAAUACCUGGUUAAAAGAAGAAUGAUUUUGUUUAAUGGUUGGGUAAAAUUUAAUAUACCAACUACAAGUUACUUGAUAGUGUUUUAGGGAUUAUUGAUUUAUUAAAAGUUUAAUGAUUUUUUUCCUGCUACUUGGCAUCAGUAUACUUAAUUGAAAUUAAUCCAACGUAAUAUAUAAUAUUCUUAUGUUUAAUUUAAUAAUAGGUCAAUUCUAAAAUAUUUAUUCCCAUGAUACUUGUGUAGAAGGAGGUAUACAAUAAAUGCACCACAUCUUCUUAACAUAAUAUGUAUUCACAAUAAAAAUGACUACCUAGUAGAA